AUGGCCAAUCGAUUUCUGCCUUACCACGAACCCGGAAUCGUCGAGAUUCUCAUCAUCGUUUCUUUCUUCUUCUUCCUUUCUCUUGCGAAAUGGGUCUCCGCGAAGAUCUUUCAAGCCGGCAUUAUAGGUCAAAUCGCUGUCGGCAUCAUCUACGGUGUACCAUUGGCCGAUAUCCUUGAACGUAACUGGCAGGAGACGUUUCUCGCUCUCGGAUAUGUUGGUCUGAUUCUGAUAAUUUUUGAAGGCGGUCUUGGCGCUCGUGUGGAUCUACUCAAGCAGAAUUUCACUUUGAGUAUGGUUGGAGCCACAACUGGGGUUUGUUUUCCCAUUGGUCUCUCAUAUCUUUUGCUCUACCUUGGUUUUGGAUAUGGUCCGGUAGAGACAUUCAUCAUUGGUGCUGCUCUUUCCGCCACGUCACUAGGAACCACUUUUGCCGUGAUCAGUUCUGCGUCAAGCUCGAUCAGUCUCUCACAGACUCGAGUAGGAUCCGUUCUCGUGAGCGCAGCUGUCAUAGAUGACGUGGUAGGACUUGUUAUGCUGAGUGUCAUUGGCGACUUGGGUAAACUUUCGGGAGAAACCAACGUCAAUCUCGGCUGGCUCAUUGGGCGUCCGAUAGUGGCAUCGAUAGCCAUGGCUAUCUUAACACCAAUUGUCACCAAGUGGGUAUUUGCGCCUUUUUUCCGAAAGUUUGUCGAACACCAUUUCGCGCGCUUUGACCAUAUCUCCAACAUCAUUCUCAUGACCCUUGUUCUUGCGGCUUUUAUUAGCAUUGCUGGCUUUACUGGUACAUCUGUCCUAUUUGGAGCUUUCUUGGCGGGCGUAUUUCUCACGUACCUCCCAAGCAAGCGCCCGGAAGGACCAUUCGUUGUCAUGAGCCGUGAGGAGGGCGAGCGCGAAGCGGACAAGAGUCCUACAUUCAUUCACACAUUUGAGAAAUAUUUGUUGGGGCCUCAGGAGUAUCUGAUGGAGCCUUUGUUCUUCUCAAGCAUCGGAUUCGCGAUUCCGUUCUUGCAACUGUGGACUGGAGAGCGAAUUUGGAGAGGAGUGGUUUACACGCUCCUUAUGGCAUUUGCAAAAUGUAUUGUUGGGAUCUGGAUACCCAUAUGGCAAGUUGUUGCAAGGUGUAAACCCUGCCACAGAAAAGAAAUACGUGUGCAGCAGCUGAACCAGGGACUACCCAAAAGGAAUGAGGGGUGGAAGGAUCGCGAUGAAGAACAAACCGAGCAGGGAGAGAGGAGAAGUUGGAAUCGUGUCUGGCUCGCCGCGGUACUCUUAGGGUCUGCUAUGGUAGAGCGCGGUGAAAUCGGCCUAUUGAUCAUCGAAAUCGGACAUAACGAAACUCCGUACGUCAGUGAUGAGGGUUUCAUCACUGGUGUCUGGGCCAUUCUUUUGAAUACGAUCAUUGGUCCUGUUAUCGUCGGUCUCCUGGUUCGAUUCCACGCGAAAAAAAAUAGGGGAGGGGGAGUGGGGACUACAGGAUUCUUCUUUGUCCGUUCCUAG